AGGACGCUAGCGUGGAACCUUAACCAGGAGCUCGUGAAUGUCCUUCGGACAACGGGACAAUCUGAACCUCACUUUGAUGAACUGCGCAGCCACUCUGCAACAAAUACGAAUAUGGUUGCGAACUGACAGGCGUCUUCUGGAGCUCGAGGCUCAAUCACCAAAGCUUGCGACACUUCCUUCACGAAACUCGUUCUGGAAUUGACAAGAUGAUGGAAGAGACCGAAGUUGAGGAACCGCGCCCUCGCGGGAGUCUCGAAUUCGUGGAGAGUUCUAUCUUAGGGACAGUGAUUCCGUCAACGAGUGAUUUGAAUAUUGAGGAAGCUCUGAGUGGUUCAGUGGAACGUCUCGAUGAAGGCAACGAUUCUCCCCUAGCUGCCAUUCCGCAAAGGCAUGCUUUAUAUUUUGAUGAAACUGUUAAUGUCUAUAUUGUUCUACAAACACCGUACUUCGAUGAACGAACUCUGCGAUCCUAUCUGGGACGACUGGACAUCCAUCUUGAAGCUCAAGUUGUGAAUGCACACUCGGAUAACCCUGAAAGCUCACCUGGUCAGGAGGUUAUUUACAAUGGAUCUAUCCAAGAUGGAGAGGAUCCAAUAGUUGUGGUUCAGGGACCUGAUGAAAGUUUACGGAAUCCCACAGAAGGUCAUAUUCUAGUCGUAUGGAAGAUGUCAGCGUUUCUCAUAAGACCCCGUCUCCGACUUCAGAAUCCGUCAGUGGUGUUUGCUGCUACAGCACAUUUGAGGCCUGCUGAGCAGAUUCAUAAUGCAACACUGAAAGAGGAAUACUUGCCAAGUCAGGUUCCAUCUGGGAUUAAUUUGUUAGAGGCAUUCACUGAUGAUCCAGCAAUGGGAGGCAUUAAGCCACGGCUCUCGGCACUAAGAGUUGCUCGUGUAGCACCAGCACCACAGUCCACCAGAGAUAUGAUGCGGCCUCUGAAAAACAUCUCACGGCAGUCCAUAAAAGUGUAUCCAGCAGUGAAUGCACGAGUGAGGUACUCUCGACCGAAUACUACACCUACAAACGCAGCUGUGAUAGCAUCUGUCGAUGUUGAUAUCACCGCCUUUGCAAAUUGCGAAAUCACCUUGACAAAGGUUGAUCUCAGUAUAAGUGGCGGAAGCGUGGAGGAUCUCAAUGCAGUAUCUGGCUUGGUUCUUCCAAUUGCCACUCUUCCACAAGACGACAUCACAUUCAUGUACCGUCUCCUUCCAGAUGAUCUAGAUGCAACAAACAAAUCACAAGUGCGGGCUCUAGAAAUCUCGAUAUCGGCAAUAGCCAAGCUCUCCGACGUAUGUCAGCCUCAAAUAUCAAUGCACUGGACGACUUCAUUGGAUUUUACGCCUCCAGUAAAUCCAGGUUUUGGUACUCCUACUCAGCCUAUACAGAGGCCUCACCGACCUGCUCAGUUGUCCAUUGGCUCUGCUUUCGACACUCCAACAGCCACUUCUUUGGCGAUAACCCGACCUGACGCUCUCCCUUCCGUGGAUAUCACGACACGGCAGCAACGCAAUUCAGCUAUCCCCGACUUUGGUGUGACAAUGACAUUCACAGGACCUGGAAAUGAUGACCCAAUCUAUCCUGGUGUUCCUUUCGUAUGGUCUGUCUUCAUAGUCAACAGAUCUGAUCGCCCAAGAAAACUUGCCCUCAUGGUCAUCCCUAAACGUCGCCGAACAGAAGCACGAAUUACUCGCCCCCCUUCUACCGGCUACGGUGGCAAGAGGGAUCCCAAAGUUGCCGAUGCUGUCGUCGAUGAGAACAUCGUCUAUGCAAUGCAGAAGAAUUCCGUGAUUGACCAAACGGAGAUCGUCUGCUUGAGUACAGAUCCCCGAGUUGGCCCUCUGGCACCAUCAGCUUGUUAUGAGGUUGAGUUGAAGUUUAUGGCAUUGAGGGCGGGUAUUGUAGGGAUUGAGGCAGUGAGAGUGGUUGAUUUGGGAACGCAAGAGCAUGUGGAUAUCAAGGACCUUCCGAGCAUACUUGUAUCGAAGCUAGAGACAUAGCAGUAUGGCAAGAUUUACAAAUACAAAACCUCGUA